UCAGUCGGACUCUGGAGGCUAUCCCCUUAGCGUCUUUGCUGCCCCCCUUAGUGUCUUUGCUCUUUCGGUGUGUGUCUGCGUGUGUUGUUGUGUGUGCGUGUGUGUCUGUGUGUGCGUAUGCCUCUGCUUGAUCUGAGGAAGAUAUUGCCAGAGUCAUUGAAAGAGUUUUUUUGUUUUCUUUUGAGACGAGUCCCACAUUGGAUUGUUGAUUGUAAACUCUGAGGAGGACGGCGGGAGGACUACAACUCUUUCAGAAAGCUGGUCCCAAGAUGUUCUGCUCCAGGAGAGCUCUACAACAAUGGUGCUUCUCGCUGUUCCUGCUCUGUUCUCCGGUGCCUCACUACGGCCGACCCAUUGACGCCCUGAGCAACAGAAUGAAGCGCUCAGUGACUCACGCUCAGCUCAUGCACGACAAAGGCCGCACGCUACAGGACUUCAAGCGGCGCAUGUGGCUGCAGGAGCUUCUGCACGAGGUGCACACGGCCGCCAUCCGCGAUCUGCCUUCGCGACCCGCCCUGACCUCCGGCGGCAGCAGCAGCAGCAGCAUUAGCGGCGGCGUUGGUGGUGCUGCAGCUGGCGGCGGCGGCGUUGUGGGCGUAGGCAGCGCCGUGUCCGUCGGCGUGGGCGUGGGCGGAGUCGGGGUGGCGCUGCCGGGCCCGGCCGCCACCAUCAACCUGAGCACCACCGGGAGCACGCUGCACUCCAAGCCCCCCGGCGGCACCAAGAACCUCCCCGUCAGCUUCCGGCUGGGGGAGGAGGAGGAGGAGCUGGGCGGGGGCACCCACCUGCCCCAGGAGACCAACAAGUCGCAGGCGUACAAAGACCGCGGCGCCACGGGCAAGAAGAAGAAGAAGGGCCGGUCGGGGAAGAGGCGCGAGGGCGAGAAGAGGAAGAGGCGGGCGCGCUCGCUGCGGUGGCUGGGCCGGGACGACGCCGGGAGCGGAUACCACCUGGGGUGGAGGCCUGUGUGGGGUCUACCGAGGGCGCGCCACUAG